AUGACAUUAUCUGACGAACAAGUUAAAUCUGAGCUUUCUAAAAUGCAAGCCUUUAUUGAAAAGGAAGCUAAAGAAAAAGCUAAAGAAAUUAAAUUAAAAGCAGAUGAAGAAUAUGAAAUUGAAAAAGCUUCAAUUGUAAGAUCAGAAACUGCAGCUAUUGAUUCUACAUAUGAACAGAAAUUGAAAAAAGCAAGUUUAGCUCAACAAAUUACAAAAUCUACUAUUGGUAAUAAAACAAGAUUAAGAAUUUUAUCUACUAAAGAUGAAGUUUUACAAGAUAUUUUUGAUGAUGCUGAAAAAGAAUUGAAAAAAAUUACCAAAGAUAAGAAACAAUACAAACCUGUUUUAAGUGGAUUAAUUGAAGAAGGUUUAUUGGCCUUAUUGGAACCAAAAGUUAGCAUUAAAGUUAGAGAACAAGAUGUUGCUAUUGCUAAAGAAGCAAUUGCAGAUGCUGCUAAAAACUUUGAAGAAAAAGCUAAAUUCAAAGUCGAAGUUACUGUUGAUGAUAAGGAUUAUUUAUCCAAAGACAUUGCUGGUGGUGUUGUAGUUGUCAAUGGUACUGGUAAAAUUGAAGUUGAUAAUACUUUGGAAGAAAGAUUGAAAAUUUUAUCUGAAGAAGCCUUACCUGCCAUUAGAUUGGAAUUAUUUGGUCCAUCAGCUACAAGAAAAUUCUUUGAUUAG